AUGGGUUCAAUGGCAGGUUUGGCUUUAGGUGACGCUCUUGGUGCUCAUGUUGAAUUUAAAAAUCGAUACUUUUUGCUUAAAUAUCCAGUUACAGACCUUCGAGGUGGUGGAACAUGGGGACUUCGAAAAGGAGAGUUCACCGAUGAUACAUCUAUGGCUCUAUGUCUAGCAAGUUCAUUGGUGGCACAUCAUGAUUUUUUUCCUUAUGACCAACUGGUUCGAUACAAAUGGUGGUCUAAAAAAGGUUACAUGUCUUCAACAGGAGAAUGUUUUGAUAUUGGUGCGUCUACCAAACGAGCAUUGCUUGAAUUUGAAAUCCGUCAAUUUAAUUUUGCUAGCAGUUAUAAUAUUUCUGUUGAACAGUUAGACUAUCUUAAACCUUCGGAAAUUUCAAAAAAUUUUAAUGUAUUCUGUAGUGAUAAGAAUGUAGCUGGUAAUGGUGCUUUAAUGCGACUCGCUCCAGUACCACUCUUCUUCUACCGUUAUCCCAAGUAUGCAGUCCAUUUUUCUGGAUACAAUGCAAAAUUAACUCAUGAUGAUCAACGUGCUUAUGAUGCUUGUCGUUAUUACGGUGCUCUUAUUGUGGCUGCUCUUAGUGGCAAGAGCAAAAAAGAACUGCUCGACGACAAUUUUUAUUCCAAACAUAUAGAUUGGUUUAAUAAUAAACCACUUCAUCCCGACAUUAUGAAAGUCGCCCAAGGAUCUUAUAAAAGAGAGCAUGGAUAUGAUCAAGGUAUUCGAGGCACAGGAUAUGUUGUCAAUGCAUUGGAAGCCGCUUUGUGGGCCUUUUAUUAUGAUAAAGAUUCGUUUGAGAUAGGUGUUCUCGCUGCUAUUAACCUUGGUGAUGAUACUGACACAACAGCAGCAAUCUAUGGUCAAUUAGCCGGUGCCUACUAUGGUUAUGAUCGAUUACCUCCGAAAUGGCUGAAGUAUUUAUACGGUCACGGCUUUAUAAAAUGUCUGAGCAAAUGGAUUGCAUAUGAUGCGGAAAAAUGGAACCCAAAUAGACCACCACCUUUGACGGUGUCUGUUGCUGUCAAUCAACAACAACGAUCAAAUACUACCAUGGACAUGUAUACUACACAACAGCAAUAUUCCAACAUUAAUACAUGGGUUUCUCAACUUGAUUUAUCACAAAUCGAUCAAACACGUUCUAGAAGAAAUGACAAAUCCAAGUUCGAACGCGUUAUUCAGACAAAUGAUGACGAUGAACAAAGUCAGUCCAAGAAACACACUCUAAAUGUAACGCAACCGAAUGGUACUAAUAAACCUCUUACAUCACAGCGUAGUUAUGGUGAUACUGCUAAUUCUCGUCCAUCACGUGUUGUAGAAAGGAAUAUACGUUCCAAUCAUUUAAAACCAUUGCAAGGCAGUACAUCCGUGGCUGUAUCUAAAGGUAAGAGCUUUAUAUUCGACUAA